AUGUCUGACUUAGUUGAGGAAGAGUGUCGUACGACAAUUCUCCAUGAUGACAUGAAUAUCUCUAGGCUUAUGGUGUUUUCUGAAAAAAUUGAGGAGUUCAAAAUUAAGAAUAACAAUAGCGAGAUAAAGAGAACUAGGUCUGAUGGGCAAGGUCAACCAAGGUUCAAAAAGAGAGCUUUCAAUCAAGAUUCUUCAAGCACUCAUACGGUUAACCAAGAGAAAGGUAGUGGACCUCCAUCUUCUAAACCUACUUGCAACAAUUGUGGAAAGAAGCAUUAUGGGAAGUGCCUAGCUGGUACUAAUCGGUGCUAUGGUUUUGGAAAGAUUGAUCAUCAAGUGAAAGAUGUCCCUACUCAUACGACCAAGGAAAGAGAGGCCAACCAAGCUUCUCUUGAUGGCCCAGAUCUUAAUGCUCCAAAGAGUAAUCGUUUCUAUGCACUUCCGGCUAGUGAGGACAAAGGAGCUUUUCCGGAUGAAGACACCGGUAUGUUGAUAGUUCCUUAUGGUUGUGAAUGUCUUGUUAAAGUCCCUAUGUUAUUUUCAUAUUAG